GCUGCAGUGUUGUCUUCAGCUACAUGGUGUUUCCGUUGGCCAAAAACACGCUAAGUUGUCUCCCAGUUCAAAGCAGUCAGCACACCAAUGGCAAGAAAAGGACACCUGAAUCCCAUGACAAGCAUGGCAAUGCUAUUUUAGCUAGUGGAGCCCCUUUUUGUGUUGCUACACGGACAUAUACAGCAACACGAAUUGGAAUAGAAUGGAACCUGUCUCCUGUUGGCAGAGUCCACCCCAAAGGAAUGGAGAGAUUAGUAAUCCUCCCAGUUUUGAAUUAUUUCAAAACCAACUCAUAAUUGAUGGCAAGUAAAAGCACUGUGUAUCCAUUAAAAUAUGGCAUGAUUGGAGAAAUAAACUGCAUUUGAAACCUUAAAAAA